AUGUCCGCUUCCACGACAUCACAGGCAAAGCCUUCAGUGCCAAUCGCACUCUCUGCCGAUGCAGUCGACGAUCUGAUCUAUGACGCCCGAGCAGGCGACCUCGAGGCCCUAAACGAGGACAUCGCCAACCUGGCCAGCCAACACAGCUGCAACGAGUCCCAGAUCGUGGCGUCUGCCAUCGACAUGGCAGAUGAAAGCGAAGGCGGCUCGGGAUCCUGUGUUCUGCACUUCCCCGCUGCGAAUGGAAAUUCCGAAAUCCUCAAAACUCUGCUCCAAAAGCUGUCAUCCGCAGACGCUGCCCAGCGCGUCGCGUUCGUCAACCACCGCAACAACUCCGGCAACACGCCCUUGCACUGGGCUGCGCUUAACGCGCACCUGGAAUGUGUUAAGGCGCUUGUCGAAGCUGGCGCAGACCUUGAGGUUAAGAACGAUGCCGGCCACGACGCUGUCUUCCUGGCUGAGCGGACGGCGUGGACUGCUGUCCAGGGUGACGAUGCUGAGGGUGCUCAGGGCGAUGAUGCUCAGACUCAGGAGAUCGAGAUGACUAUUGGCGAGAAUGAGGGUGAGGAGAAGCCUGCUGAGAGUGCUGGUGAGAUGUCUGCGGGCAGACAGGUGGUUGAGUGGCUCCUGGCUUCGGAUAACGCCGCUAGUUUGGAGAAGGGGGCUACUGAGGGUGAGGCUAGUGGAUCUGCUUGA